AUCGCUAUUUUAACUUGCCGCCUCAACUUCCGUUUUUGUGUGAAAUCUCUGUUCAACUGUUGAAAAGAAAUGCUUUAAUUAAUAUUAUAUUUUUUUGCAUUUCAUUUGCCAAAAAAGAUACGAGAUGACGGCAGCUGCAGAAAACAGAAGAUCGACUGCCGCGCAGUUUUUCAUGGACGAGGAAACGACACACAAUGAAUCCGUGUCGACCUACGACAAGGUGGUGGAACUUUUGAAUCAGGCUUCUCUUGUACAGAAAGAUCAACAGAAAAUCAACAUUCUCAGACAGGUCCAGGAAUUAAUCAUUCACAAGGACCCAACACUGUUAGACAACUUCUUAGAUGAAAUGCUAGCAUUCCAGAGUGAUCGGUCUGUAGACGUGAAGAAAUACGUCAUCACCUUCAUGGAGGAAGCCUGCAAAAAAGACCCAGAGUUGUUGAACAAGAUUUUACCCUGUCUACAGAUUCUACUGCAGGACGACAAUGUUAAUGUACAGAAGAAAGUCAUUCUGUCUCUACCACAAGUGUACAAAGUCAUUAUAAAGUGGCUAGCCAAGGCUAAGACAAUGACAGAGGAGAAAUCUUUUGUUUGGGAGACCAUGAAAUCACUGAAGAACAGAAUGUUUGAACUGAUAGACUCGGAGAAUGACGGAGUGCGAACUCAUGUGGUGAAGUUUAUGGAGGGAGUUAUCUUGACGCUGUCACGGAAAACCCCGGAGUCGGAGGCACCAAAGUCCUCUAAGCCUGAGUCAGAAGUCACGCUGGACAUUGUUCCAGAGGACAAUAAAUUCCUACGAGUCAAACGUCUGGAGGAGCAGGGCAGACAGAUGUUUGAAACACUUCUACAGUUCCAAGCCUCGCCUCACAUUUCAAGCAUUAAUCUGAUGACUGUUAUGGGGAGCUUGACCACCAUUGCACGACAGAGGCCUGUCUUCUUUGGAAAAGUUGUCCAGUCUUUUGAGACACUGCAGGUCAAUCUGCCACCGACCCUGGCUAAGUCCCAGGUGAGCAGUGUUCGUAAGAAUAUGAAGAUGCACAUGUUGUCUCUGCUAAAACACAAGGCCUCCGUGGAUUACAUCACUCAGAUCACCACCUUACUGACAGACCUAGGGGCCACAAACUCCGAGGUGAUGAAGAGCAUGCCAAAGAUAGACGAAAGCAGGAAGAGAAAGGCAGAGGAGGCAGGGGGAUCAAUGAAGAAAGCCAAGACCGAGACAGAGAUUGAGUUGGAUGACGAUGAUGCUGGUAUGACUCCGUUUGUGGAUCGCUCUAAAGUUAAAGCACCAGCCACGUUAAAACAGAGACAGACGGCUGUAGACAUCACCGCGGAGGACAUAAUCCCCCGCCUGACCCCCCAGAAUGUCGCUGAUCUCGUUCUUAUUAGCAUGGUGAUGUUGCCAGACCAGUUACCUCCUCACUUCCAGGCGACCUACACACCUAUAGCUGCUGCUGGCACGGAGGGUCAAAUUAAACACAUGGGAAGACUUCUAGCCAAUCAGCUUACUGCUGCAGGAAUGGGCAAGGGAAUUGCAGAAGUCCAGAUUGAGGAGGCAUCAGAAGAAGAUGGAGGUGCAUCUCCUGAGUAUCAGCCCACAUCCCCUAAACAGGUCAUACAGACAGUUGUAGGGGGGCACACAGAGCCGCAGGCAGCAGCUUUCUCUAAGUCAGCCAGUUUACCAGCCCCUCAAAUCCGACCUGUGAGGGGAGGGAUUAAACAGUUCAAACUGUCCACAGUGACCACAGAUCUGGACAGGGACCGACUGGAUGAAAUGACCAUUGCAUCAGUCAGAAGAAUACUAGAAGCAGAGAAAAGUGCAUCAUUAGGCAAUGCCCUUCCAGCCAGAACCAAAUUAUUAACAAGUCUGGUAUCCCAGUUUGGGGGAGAGCUGAAAAAUUUAUUACAAGAGUACAUAUUUGAGGACCUUCGUAACCGCGCUGACGUAGCUUUCGCUUGGCUGUAUCAGGAAUACGCUAAUUGUCAGGGAUUCUGUGCCUCCAGCCUGAGAAAUGAACGCUCGUCCAUGGCCAGCUAUGAUGAAUGCUUGACCAGACUUUUAUCAGGAUUACUGGAACGGACAGAACUGACCACCAAGGAAGGAUUAUUUCAUCGUUUGAUUUUGGAGGCCCCAGCUAUCACAGACAAUGCUAUUCAGAUUCUCAAGAAAUACUGCAUGGAUAAGGACCGCGUGGUGAGUGGGAUUAACACUAUUCGUCAGCUGAUUUUGACCCGCCCCGCCCACAGACUGAGGUACCUUGAGGUGUUACUGAUGUCCUGUCACCAUGACAUGCCAGAAGUAAGGGCCACGGCCAUCCACUGUAGUAAACAACUGUAUGAGAAGGGGCACAUCAGGCCCUAUAUAGAGCAAUAUGCCACAAAGAUGUUAAAGAAUCUCCUAUUAACAAAGCCACCAACAGAAAUGCUAGGAAAAAGUAAGAAUGACCCCGCCUUACAAGCCUGGACAGAAGACACCAUUAAGAUGUGUUUAUACCUUUACCUGGGUCUGUUGCCUAGCAACCAUAAACUAAUCCACCAGUUGGCCAUGGUGUACACAUCAGCUGGAGCCGACAUCAAAAGGAUCAUCCUCAGAGCACUGGAGAAUCCUGUGAAGGGUAUGGGAAUGAAGUCACCUGAGCUGUUGACAUUAGUGGAAAGUUGUCCAAAGGGAGCUGAAACACUGGUGACUAGAGUCAUACACAUCCUAACCGAUAAAGCCUCGCCCUCACCUGAGCUGGUAGAGAGAGUUCGUGACCUUUAUCACAAACGUGUACCUGAUGUCAGAUUCCUCAUACCUGUUCUCACUGGACUUUCUAAGGAUGAAGUGAUACAAGCCCUGCCUAAGUUAAUCAAGUUAAACCCGAUUGUUGUAAAAGAGGUGUUUAACCGACUCCUGGGGGGUCACAGCGACGCUAACUACACCUCCCCCCUUACCCCCGUGGAUCUAUUAAUAGCUCUACACAACAUUGACCCAGCCAAGUGUGACAUGAAGACCAUCAUUAAAGCCACAAACCUGUGCUUCAGUGAGAAGAACAUUUACACCCAGGAGGUGCUGGCGGUGGUGAUGAAGACUCUGAUGGAACAGGACCCCCUCCCCACUCUGUUUAUGAGGACGGUCCUACAGUCCCUCUCCAUGUACCCCCGACUGAUGGGAUUUAUCCUCAAUAUCCUCCAGAGGCUCAUCGCUAAAGAGGUCUGGAAGAACAAGAAGGUCUGGGAAGGUUUUAUUCGCUGUUGUCAGAAGAUGAAGCCACAGUCCUUCGCUGUUUUACUCCAGUUAAAAGCUCCUCAGCUAAAGAGUGUGUUUGAGAGUUGUCCAGACCUGAGAGAACCGCUACUGAACCAUGUCAACUCCUUCGCUCCAAACCAGAAAGCUCACCUGCCUAAAUCUGUGUUAGCUGUAUUGGAGAAUCCUCCAGAAGUGACCCCGAUUCCUCCCCAGGCUGAGGUGGCACCCCCCACCCCCACCCCCCUCACCCCCACAGUUGUAACACCACAGGUGACCACAGUGAAGGUCGAGAACACCACGGUACCCAUGGAGACCCAGACCAUACAAACUGUCCAGUCCAUACAGACCAUAGGAUCAAACUUGGUCCAAGUGAAACAAGAGCCCCCAGACCCAGAAGAAAUAGCGAGACAAGCAACAGAAAACAGAGAGACGCAGGAAUCACAGGCCAGAAGUUCACCGGAGAAAGACAGAAAGGAAACACCAGUCAGGAGGAAAUCAAAACGGUCAACAGAGGAUAAUGCUGAUGCUGAGAUGGAGGAAGCCGACUCGCCGGAGAAUGCCCUUGCUAUUGCUGAGGAAGCCAUGGAUACAUCACUAAAUGAGUCGCAAGAUCAGUCACAAGACUCUUCAGGAGAUGGCCCAUCAAAGACAAGUAGGAGCAGAUCUAGGUCAUCUGAAUCUAGGUCAUCAGAAUCUAGGCCAUCCGAAGCCAGGCCCAGAAGAAGCACAAGGUCACGGAAAUAGGUCGAGGUCACCUCAGAUAUAUAGCAGCAGUGCUUUGUGGAUUCAUUAUGUUUCUUUUGACUUUUACUUAUGAACAAUUAGUGCUGUUAAGUAAUCAGUGAAUUUACACAAAAUUGUGUAUUGAAAAAUCUCUGAAGUUGAAAAUAAACACAGGUCUGUUACAGACUGCAAUAUAA